AUGAGAGGAACACUGGAACACAGUUUAGGCUUGUCUCCAGCUUCAGAUUUGCCUCUGGUGGAUGUCCUGCGAAUCCAGGACUUCGUUCGCGACCAAAAGAAUGAGGCUUUACGACGUCUCACAUUUUCCCAAUGCAGGCAGGCCCACAAUGAGAAAUUUACAGAUUUUUAUGUACGCCUAAAGCAAGCUGCAGAUGAUGUGGACCUGUGUGUUCAAGAUGAAGAGACCAAACAACGCCUGUUAGAGAUGAUGUCCGACGCCACCCUUGAGGACGUAAUAACUGUGUGUAGGUCUCGUGAGGCUGCCGAGUCCACCACCCAAGAACUACGCCCAUUGCAACCAGCUACACGUGCAGUGUCUGUUUAUAAGAAGAAAAAGCGGCGAGCUGCUAGGGGUAACGGUGAAGAACCCCACCGAAAAGCCACCAAUCGCACUCCCAAGUCUCCACAACCACAGCCAAAAGAACUUUGUGACCAAUGUGGAUACAGGUCACAUGUCAAGAAGAAGUGUCCUGCUUCUACUAGCACCUGCCGUACCUGUGGCAAAGUAGGUCACUUUGCCAGCCGUUGUAGGUCAUCAACAAAGAAAAAGAUGCCACCCCCACAAGGGAAUGUUCUCUCAGUUUCCCAAGCUUCACAUAGCAUAGCCAAAGUCUUCGCUGUUGAAACUUAA